CAUGGCACAUGCCAUGGGAUGGCAUGGUGGCACGCAUGGCAAGGAGCGGAAUGGGCGUGUGAUCGGUGUGGCACGGGCACCACGUCCUUGAACGUCAGGCUGGCCUGUGUGCCCCUGGUGCUGGCGUGUCAGUUGUCAUUCUUCUGUACCGGUUUGCUUACCGCAUGA